UAUGAUUCUACUUGGUAGUACAGUGGGUUUAAAUAAGAUGGUUCAAAAUGGUGUUAGAGGGGCAUCUGCAUCGGCAUUCUUUCGUUCAUUACAUAUACUAUAUAAAAAUUUUCCUGUUCUUGAAAGUGAAAUUUGCAGAAUGAUAAUAAGCAUUGUAACCGUUCAUGUACAUUACUCGAAACAUCUAGUAGAUUUUUUGAAUGGAUUGAAAGCGAUAUCAGCUGAAAAAAGAGACGUUAUUAACUGCUUACAAGAGAAUAUUAAUAAUAUUGAUACUGAACGUUUAUAUCAGAAUGGAAAAUUACAACAUUACGCUUAUAUAUUAAAUUACGUUUGUCAAGAAUCUUCUAUAAAGCUACCUUUAUUCUUUAUUGGGAAAAUAUUACAAUCGAGUAAAUCGUGCUCUUGGAGCGAUGGCUGUACUCUGUUAUCUGUAUGUAAGGAAAUGAUAAUUAAUAGGGUUAAUGGAGAUUACAACGAAGAUAUAUUAAAGAUUCUUCUAUUUAUUUGUGAGAAUUAUGACGAUACUGAUAUAAGAGAUAGAGCAAAAUUUUACUAUGAACUAUUAACGUCACUUACUAUUGCUAAGUUAAGAAAAUUGUUCGAUAUGUCUGGUGAGGAAAAAACUGACCAAUUAGCGGAAAUUGUCUUAAAAAAAUCUGAACCUUUAUCGGCCUAUACUUUUGCCGAAUCAAGUUUUGAACUUUUACGACAUGAAAGGUUAAUGCCUCAACGAACUAUAUACACUGACGUUCAAGAGGAUAAAGAAUGUUCUUUUGAUAUCAAUGAAUACCAACAAUUUACAAGCGACGUUGGCUCAGCUUAUUGUGUUCAACUACAAUUUUCUACGCCAACAUUCUGUUCUAUUAUCGAAGAUGUUAAAAUUUCACAUUUGACAAUGAGUAACGAAGAGUCUAAAACUGAAAAAUACUUUGCCUUUGUUCUUCCCGACUGCAAGCAUUUGUUUCUUAGAUUAGAAAUUGUUGGAGGAUCCUAUGUGGCUCAUAGCGUUACUGAUUCUGAAAGCAUCUUAGGACAUUUGGAAAGUUUCCUUAGUUCUAUAUUUGAGAUAUAA